AUGCGCUCUCGCUGCACGUCACUCCUGCUGCAAUCGCGCCGCUCGGCGUCCCUGCAGCUGUCGCGCCUGUCACCCCUGCUGCAGUCCGCGCGAUGGCAGCACACGGAGGCCAGCGCCAGGCUUAACGGCGAGAGUCCAGCGGCGCCCGCCCCCGCCUCGUCCCCAGCGCCUCGGAGGGCGCCCAAGCGCGCCAUUGAGCGGCGGAAGCGGCCGGCGCGAGCGUCCACCGCAGCGUCAACCGCCAAAGCCCCCGCCUCGACGGCAGCCGCCUCGGAGACCGCGGACAAGGAGGAAGGCAAGAAACGCCCGCUGAUGGCUACAUUCAAGGACGGCAAGCCCUGGAUCACGGUCAUGGGGCUCGGAGGCGCUGGAAGCAACGCCGUGAACAACAUGAUUGCGUCGCAGCUGGAGGGCGUCGAGUUCAUCGUGGCCAACACGGACUGCCAGGCGCUGGGCCGGUCGCUGGCGCCGCACAAGAUCACGCUGGGCAAGGACAUCACCAAGGGCCUGGGCGCCGGAUCCAAGCCCGAGCUGGGCAAGCGCUCGGCGGAGCAGCAGCGGAAGGAGAUCGAGCAGAUGCUGCAGGACAGCAACAUGCUCUUCAUCACGGGCGGAAUGGGCGGAGGAACCUGUACCGGAGCAGCCCCCGUUGUGGCCAGUGUGGCCAGGGACUUGGGCAUCUUGACGGUGGGCGUCGUGAGCACCCCGUUCCGGUCGGAAGGACCCAACCGCACCCGACUGGCCAAUGCCGGAGUGAAGGAGCUGGCCAAGUACGUCGACACGCUCAUUGUCGUGCCCAACCAGAACCUGUUGGCGCUCGCGAACAAGAACACGACCAUGCUGGAGGCGUUCCGCUACGCGGAUGACGUGCUGCUGGAAGGCGUCAAGGGCGUCACGGAUCUGAUCGUUCGGCCGGGACUCAUUAACUUGGACUUUGCCGACAUCAAGACGAUACUGUCGAAUGCUGGGCGUGCGAUCAUGGGCUCGGGUAUCUCUCGUGAAGAAGGUCGAGCCAGAAAAGCUGCUGAGCAGGCACUGGUGAACCCGCUGCUGGGCGACUUGCCGACUGAGUCUGCGCACGGACUACUGGUGACAAUCCGUGGAGGAGAGGACAUGACGCUGUUCGAAGUGGAUGAGAUCAUGGAGAUCAUUCGCAGCCGUGUGCACGACGAAGCCAACAUCAUCUUCGGCACGUGUUACGACCAGUCGCUAGAGGGCUCUGUGUACGUGUCCAUUAUCGUGAGUGGUAUUCAGACCGAUGUCAUCUCUCCGCCCAUCGGAGGAGCCCACGUCCCUCUUCAGGACUCAAACAAGCGCACAGAAAGCAGCGAGUUCAUUGCCAAACCGAAGCCUGAUGACGAGGAGAAGCCGGCGGAGCAACGGAAGGGAUUAUUCGGCCGCUUCUUUUCCCUCUGA